AUGGUCAACCGCACUUGGCACACCGUGGCCGCCGACAACGCGUUGUGGAAAGCGCUGGCGCUGAGCAAUGGGUGGCGGCUGCCCGACGACGUGAGUACGGCGACGCGCGACAUCGUGGCCAAGCUCAAUAGAGCCAAGGCCAUGCCCGGCACCGGCAGUGGCGCGUGGAAGGCGUGGUUCAUUUCGGCGCUGGUGGAGCGGGUGCUCGACGGCAAGACCGAGCGCGAGCUGGUCGCGGCGGAGGACGACCAUCAUCAACAAACGAAGAAGAAGAAGAAGAAGAGAGUGAACCGCGGCUUCGAGGAUACGAAUGACGCUGGCGGUGAAGAGGCAGAGGCGGCUGAUGACGAUGAUGAAGAAGAAGAAGAUGAAGAAGAAGAAGACGCCACGUCGUAUUCCAACAACAGCAAGGUGCAGAUGGCCAGCAGACAGGUGGUCGUGAGUCGUCCCAUCGGCUUGGACGACGAGCCAGCGGCCGAGGAGCUGCAGGGGGGCACCGUGUGGGGCAUCCUCAACUUCCUGCUGACCGAGGACAUGCCCAACAGCGAUAAGGCCAUAGCGGCGUUCCUGACUACACACACGCUGUUCACCGAAAGCGGCCACGUGCUCGACCUGGCCAUCAACUUUUUCGAGGGAUCUGCCCACGCGCAGGCGUCCGACACCUUCCAGCGUCUCUGGAACAAGUACAAGGGCCAAUUCACCCAAGCCAGGGUUUUGCAGAUGCUGGAGAAGUGGUUGGCCAAGUACCCGGGGGCGUUCGUUCGUCGGUCCCCCUUUGCGAGCCCUGCCAACAAGGCUGCGGCGUCACCUGCACCCGCGGCCAUGCGCAAGACGCUGGACGCGUUUCUUGAGCGCGCCACCGCGAAGGCCGCCUCCCAGUUCGAGCAGGCGCUGGCCCGCCUGCGCGACCGACUCGGCGCGCUCACCGCCACUGCCGCCGCCGCGCAAUGUGAGGAGCCCGACGAGGGGCUCGACGACGACAACAGCACGCCCGAGGACUUCGAGGGAAGCGACGAUGAACUGCUCAAGGAGUACCAAGCGCUGGAUCUGCUCAAGAUCAAGACGGAGGUGCUGGCGCGGCAGCUCACGCUGAUUGACUACGAGCUGCUUCAGGGGCUCACACACGAAGAGCUCCUCGAGCAGCGAUGGAAGCGGCAGGCCAAGUUUUGCCCGAACGUCCGACGCUUCGUCAAUCACUUCAACUACAUUUCGGCGGUGGUGACGACCUCGAUCGUGCUGCAGAUCACGGACAAAGCGCGGGCCAAGUUCAUCAAGAAGUGGGUCGAAGUGGCCGACAAGUGCCUCCAGCUCAACAACAUCAGCUGCGCGCUGGACAUCGUCUCCGGCAUCGGCUCGUCCCCCAUCUUCCGGCUUCGCAAGACCUGGAGCCGGGUGUCCAAGUCGCUCGUGAAGCGCUUGGAGGGGCUGCAGGCCGAACUCACGCGCAGCCACUCCUACAAGCGCCUGCGCGAUCGCCUCUUCACGGCCACCCCGCCCUGCGUUCCGUAUCUCGGGAUGUACCUGGUGGACCUCGCCUUCAUCAGCGACGGCAACCCACACCUGGUGCAGGUAGACUGGCCCGACCACGAGGCCGGCGUGCCCUGCUGGCCCUACCACUACAUGACCGCCAACGCCAUCAAUCACGGUCACCCGUACCCCUUCACGAAGGACGAGGAGCUGUGCCGCAAACUUCUCAGCCUAAAGCACCUCAGCGCGGAGAGGCGCUACCAGCUGUCGCUCUUGCGGGAGCCGCGCGAACCCGGCAGAUCGGCGCCCACUCCUUCCUUCGAGUCCUGUUGA